UUGGCCCAAGGUGUUUGAUCCGGUCCAAUUAGAAAAUGAAACGCCCAAAUCUGGAAUAACCUAACCGUACUACGGGUGUACCAAUUCCUCCGAUCAACCAUCUCUCUCUACCGCCCAUUUCUCAGCCGCGGCCAUACCCUAUUUUGCUCCUCUUCACCUUAGGUCUGACGCAGUCCACACCACGCCUUUCGUCUAACAUCCCGAGAUAACCUUGGUUACCCACAGAGCUUCGUUUCUUAUUUUUUCGCACAUUCGGAGUUCGCCUCAAACCGUCUUCCGUUUUUUUGAUGGCGGCUCACAAACUUUUCAAAGAUGAAGCUACUGAAGAAAAGGGAGAGAGAGCAAGAAUGGCUUCCUUUGUGGGGGCAAUGGCAAUUGCUGAUCUGGUGAAGACAACUUUAGGGCCAAAGGGGAUGGAUAAAAUUCUACAGUCAACCGGAAGGGGUCAUAGUGUAACUGUUACAAAUGAUGGUGCUACCAUCCUCAAGUCCCUUCAUAUAGACAAUCCUGCAGCUAAAGUUCUUGUUGACAUCUCUAAAGUCCAAGAUGAUGAGGUAGGGGAUGGUACUACUUCAGUAGUUGUUUUAGCUGGUGAGCUUCUAAAGGAGGCAGAGAAGCUGGUAAACUCCAAGAUUCAUCCAAUGACAAUCAUUUCAGGUUUCCGCAUGGCAGCUGAGUGUGCACGCAAUGCAUUGUUAGAAAAGGUUGUUGAUAACAAGCAUGAUGCAGAGAAAUUCAGAUUAGAUUUGAUGAAGAUUGCAAUGACUACAUUAAGUUCCAAGAUUUUGUCUCAAGACAAGGAGCAUUUUGCUCUGCUGGCUGUUGAUGCUGUCAUGAGGCUGAAGGGAAGCACCAAUCUCGAGUCAAUUCAGAUUAUUAAGAAGCCUGGAGGCUCACUUAAAGACUCUUUCCUAGAUGAGGGGUUUAUUCUGGACAAAAAAAUUGGAAUUGGUCAACCAAAACGAAUUGAAAAUGCAAAGAUCUUGGUUGCUAAUACUGCAAUGGAUACUGAUAAAGUGAAAAUUUAUGGUGCACGUGUUCGCGUUGACUCAAUGGCUAAGGUUGCUGAGUUAGAAACAGCUGAAAAGAACAAGAUGAGGGAAAAGGUUGAAAAGAUUAUAGGUCAUGGAAUCAACUGCUUUGUUAACAGACAACUGAUAUAUAAUUUUCCAGAGGAACUUUUUGCCGAUGCUGGGAUUCUUGCUAUUGAACAUGCUGAUUUUGAUGGUAUUGAGCGUCUUGCUUUGGUUACGGGUGGUGAGAUCGCCUCAACCUUCGACAAUCCAGAGUCAGUCAAACUUGGUCACUGCAAACUUAUUGAAGAAAUCAUGAUCGGUGAGGAUAAGCUAAUUCACUUUUCUGGGGUUGAGAUGGGACAGGCAUGUACAAUUGUCUUGAGAGGUGCAAGCCCUCACGUUCUGGAUGAAGCUGAAAGAUCCCUGCAUGAUGCCUUGUGCGUUCUGUCACAGACUGUGAACGACAGUAGAGUACUACUUGGUGGUGGAUGGCCAGAGAUGGUGAUGGCAAAGGCAGUAGAUGAACUGGCUAAAAAGACUCCUGGGAAAAGAUCUCAUGCAAUUGAAGCUUUCUCACGGGCACUUUUGGCCAUUCCAACAAUCAUUGCUGACAAUGCUGGUUUGGACAGUGCUGAACUUGUUGCUCGACUUCGUGCCGAACAUUACACAGAUGGAUGCACUUCUGGAAUUGAUGUCAUCACUGGAUCUAUCGGUGAUAUGGCGGAGCUAGGCAUAUCUGAGGCUUUUAAAGUCAAGCAAGCAGUGUUGCUCUCUGCAACUGAGGCUGCAGAGAUGAUUUUACGUGUGGAUGAAAUUAUCACAUGUGCGCCUCGACGUAGGGAAGAUAGAAUGUAAGUGAAAAUGGGAAGGGCGGCUGCUGGUCUAGGGUCUAUACCCUCGAAUAUGUUGGCAUGUAUUCUGUACUUGAUUUUUGUAGCUUCAUGGAAUAUUGAGGGUCUGCUUAUUCUGCUUCAGUUUUGAGUUGAAGUUUUUAGUGUAUAAUUUGAAUUUGCAAAAUCGCAAGUGUGGCUCCUUAUUCAAAUGACUUCUCUUUGAUUUUUCUCAUGUGAGCAUUGUUCUUCUAUUUUCAGCAUCAGGCCAUAUCAGCUUUAAAUGAAUUAGAUCAGACCUAGGGAGUGUUUGCAAUUGCUUUUGCUUUUAAAAAAGUGACUUUUUAAAGUGGUUUUGGAAAACGUGCU